AUGGGUCUCUUAGCGUUAGGAACUGCCUUGGAGUGGCCCGAUGCCAGACUGAAAGCCGACCAAGUCCGACAAUGGGGCAUAGAGCAACUACUUGCAAACUGGCGCCGAGCGAAGGGCAAAGAACGAGAUGCUCUUCUCUGGGGCGAUGAGGUGGAAUACCUUGUCGUGGCGCUCGAUGACGCCGCGCGGAAGGCGCGCUUAUCUCUUGCCCAGGCCGACAUUUUGAAAUCUCUCGCUCACGAUGAAGCUCUCUGGACGGCCGAUUCCGCUGCCGGUGGACAGCACCCGGGCCAUGAGGAAGAAAAGCCACCGCAUUUUCACCCUGAAUUUGGCCGUUUUAUGCUCGAGGCUACGCCCGGAGAACCGUGGGGUAUUGGCUUCAAAGAUCUUCUGAAAGUUGAAUCGAAUAUGAAAUGGCGACGAGAAGUCGCAAAGGCACACAUGGCUCCCAAUGAGUCACCCAUCACCCUUACGACAUUUCCACGACUGGGCACAAAAGAUGAUUACAUUCAGCCUUAUUAUCCUCCAUCUGGACCGGCACUGCGCUCUCAAUUCGUACCUGACGAGAUCGCCAACCCUCACAUCAGAUUUCCCACGCUCGCAGCUAAUAUUCGAUCACGAAGAGGGCGUAAAGUCGAGCUCAAUGUGCCAGUUUUCAAGGACGUCAAUACACCGUCGCCGUUCAAGGAUCCCACCGUCGAUUAUGACCUCCACCUAUGGCCUGAAGAUGCCGAUGUAAGAAAUGGUGCUGCCAAAGACGACCAUGUGUACAUGGACGCCAUGGCCUUUGGAAUGGGCAGCUGUUGUUUGCAGAUUACCUUCCAAGCGAAGAAUAUGACGGAGGGUCGGAAACUCUAUGACCAACUUAGUCCCUUGGGACCUAUUCUUCUUGCUCUUACGGCGGCCACUCCAAUUUACAAGGGUUUCCUGGUUGAUACAGAUGUGCGGUGGAAUCAGAUCAGUGCCGCCGUGGAUGACAGGACUCCCGAGGAAUUAGGAGAAGCUCCUCUGAAACAUGAUCGUUGGAGAAUUCCAAAAUCUCGAUAUGCAUCGAACUCGACAUACAUCUCUCAAGAUCCGAGACUGCGUAAGGAGUAUCUGGAUCCGGAUCUUGUCGUGGACGAGCAGAUUAAAAAACGACUGAUGGACGGCGGAAUGGAUGAAUUGCUCGCUACGCAUUUUGCGCAUUUGUUCAUUCGCGACCCUCUCGUGAUCUUCUCGGAAGAUUUGAAGGAACUCGACCUUCAAAAGGGUGAUCAUUUUGAGAAUCUCCAAUCUACGAAUUGGCAGCACAUGCGGUUCAAGCCUCCACCUUCCGAGAAAGACGAUAUUGGUUGGCGGGUUGAGUUCAGAUCCAUGGAAAUCCAGAUGACCGAUUUCGAGAACGCUGCUUUCAGCAUCUUCAUUGUGCUCAUCACGAGAGCUAUUCUGAGUUUUGAUCUCAAUUUCUACCUGCCCAUCCCUCGCACGACCGAGAACAUGGAGACAGCACAUGAGCGCAAUGCGGUCCUCGAGAGCAAGUUCUACUUCCGCAAAGAUCCCUUUGGACGCCGCGCACCCCGACAUGCAGGGCCUCAUUCAUCUCACGGGAGCACCUUCUCUUCUACCACGUCAUCGGCGGUUAACACACCUCCACCGUCGCCGCCCCUUGGCCCUGUCGAAUCCGAAUACGAGCUGAUGACCAUCAAUGAGAUCGUCAAUGGAUGCUCUGAUGGAUUCCCUGGCUUGAUUCCUCUCGUGGAGUCUUACCUUAAUAGUGUCAAUGUCGAUGUCGAAACGCGCUGCUUCCUUGCCAGCUAUCUCGACCUGAUUCGCAAACGCGCCGAUGGUCGUCUUUGGACGGGUGCCAAAUGGAUCCGCGAAUUCGUGGCGCGGCAUCCGAGCUACAAGCAUGAUAGUGUUGUCUCUGAAGAAAUCACCUACGAUUUAAUCAAAGCAGUGGAAGAGGUGACAGCCAAGGAAGGCAAAAAUGGAAGCAUUGGAUGGGAGCUGUUGCGAGGGAAAAAGGAAUAG